UGCCCAAAAACCUGAAGGAGCUGAGGUCUUUUCUCGGUUUCUCUGGAUAUUACCGUCGUUUCGUCCAAGGAUAUUCAGCCAUAGUUAAGCCACUGCAUGACCUGACUGCUGGUUAUCCGCCAUCCCAGAAGAAAUUGAGACCAACUGUAAAACCAGAGAAUUACUUGAACCCCAAAGCACCAUUUGGAGGACGGUGGACACCAGUGUGCCAGCAGGCUUUUGAAACCAUCAUCGAGAAACUAACUACUGCUCCUGUACUGGCAUUUGCUGAUCCACAAAAGCCCUACACACUCCACACCGACGCCAGCUCCACCGGUCUUGGUGCGGUGUUGUAUCAGGAGCAGGACGGAAAGAACAGGGUUGUGGCAUAUGCCAGCAGAGGUCUCUCGCGGAGUGAGUCCAAGUACCCUGCUCAUAAAUUGGAGUUUCUCGCUCUGAAAUGGGCGGUGACGGAGAAAUUUAAUGAUUAUCUCUACGGUGCUCAGUUCACAGUUGUCACAGACAGCAAUCCACUAACUUACCUGUUAUCCUCAGCAAAACUCGAUGCUACCAGUUACAGAUGGCUUUCAGCUUUGUCUACUUUCACAUUCAAGAUCAUCUACAGAGCUGGAAAGCAGAACAUAGAUGCUGAUGGAUUGUCUCGACGACCUCAUGGUGAGCUGUUUGAUGAUCCUACCUCCAGGAAGGAACAUGAACGAGUCCUAAAAUUUGCCCAGCAACACCUCAACGAACCAGAUUAUGUCUCCAUUGAUCAGCACACCAUCGAAGCAGUUUGUGCUCGUCACCUGGUGUACAGCUCAGAUGUACAUCUUGACCAUGCUCUGGUGUUGUCUAUGUCAACCCAUGUCAACAGUCUACCUGACAGUUUUACUGACGAUGAACAGUUCAGCUCCCCUUUACUUCCUCGAUUCUCAGCAGAUGACAUUGCAGCCAAGCAGCGUGACGACCCUGUUAUCCGCCAUGUCAUAGCUCAGCUGGAACGAGGAGAGUCACCAUCACCAUCGCAGGAGGAGAAGACGGGUAAAGAGGUGAUCCUGGAUGAUCUGGACUGCCCUCUGCAGAUCCUCAGGGACUGGCCUGCAGACAGAGGAGCGAUGGUGUUCCAGCUGAAGAAGAGGCCUCCGGAUUACCAGGCCAGGAAGGGCAGGAAGGACGACAAGGGGCUCAGAGGGAAAGAUGGCUCCAUGCCGCCGGAGAAACUGCCUUACCUGGUGGAGCUGAGUCCAGGCCGAGGGAAUCACUAUGCCUACUACGCCUAUCGGCACCAAGAAGACGGCUCCGACUCCAGAGACAAACCGAAGCUGUACCGGCUCCAGCACAGCAUCACCGAGGUCGGCUCGGACUGCACCGAGGACGGCGCCAUCCAGCUGCUCGGCCCGGGGAUCCUGCCCCACCACUGCAACCUGAUGCACAGCGAAGGCAUGGUGACGGUGACGCCGCACGGCCACGACGCCGACACCUUCGUGGACGGCCAGCGCAUCACGGAGACCACGGUGCUGCGAUCUGGAUCCACGCUGCAGUUUGGUUCUGCUCACGUCUUCAAGUUCGUGGAUCCCAUGUUCGACCAAGGAGGGAAGAGGGACCCGAACGCCGCCAUGAGGAGCCGACACAAAUCCGGGAGCGUACCAGAGACGACCUUUGACCUCCGUGGAGACGUCCACAGUGGAGCGCCCCUGCCCACCAGCAAGAGCUCAGGGAAACUGGAGAUGGAGCGAGGCAUGGUGAAGCCCAUGAUCCGAGGAGAGCAGCAGGACAGCAGAUCCCAGGAUCUUUCUGCAGACAGGACGGAGCUGACUCUUCCAGCCAGCAUCGACUUCAGAGAAAACUCGGAGGACACCUUCCUGUCAGCCAUCAUCAACUACACCAACAGCUCCACGGUCCACUUCAAGCUGUCGCCCACCUACGUCCUCUACAUGGCCUGCCGCUACGUCCUGUCGCCCACGUACCGGCCCGACAUGUCGCCGUCGGAGAGGACGCAUAAAGUCAUCGCCAUCGUCAACAAGAUGGUGAGCAUGAUGGAAGGCGUCAUCCAGGAGAUUGCUGAAGGGGAUCAGAAACAAAAGAACAUCGCGGGAGCGCUGGCUUUCUGGAUGGCCAACGCCUCCGAGCUGCUGAACUUCAUCAAGCAGGACCGGGACCUGAGCCGCGUCACGCUGGACGCCCAGGACAUCCUGGCCCACCUCGUCCAGAUGGCCUUCAAGUACCUGGUCCACUGCCUGCAGGCGGAUCUGAACAACUACAUGCCAGCCUUCCUGGACGACCCAGAGGAACAUAAUCCACAGAGACCCAAGAUCGAGGAUGUCCUGCAGACGCUGACGGGCGCCAUGUCGCUACUGCGCCGCUGCCGGGUCAACGCCGCCCUCACCAUCCAGCUCUUCUCGCAGCUCUUCCACUUCAUCAACAUGUGGCUGUUCAACAAGCUGGUGACGGACGCCGACUCGGGACUGUGCUGCCACUACUGGGGCGCCAUCCUGCGGCAGCAGCUGAGCCACAUCGAGUCCUGGGCCGAGAAGCAGGGCCUGGAGCUGGCUGCCGACUGCCACCUCAGCCGCAUCGUCCAGGCCACCACCCUGCUGACCAUGGACAAAUACUCCACGCAGGACGUCCAGAACAUCCACAACACCUGCUUCAAGCUGAACUCGCUGCAGCUCCACGCCCUCAUGACCAACUACCGCUGCGCCCAGGACGAGCCCUACAUCCCGCCCGACCUGAUCGACCACGUGGUGGCGGUAGCGGAGAACACGGCGGACGAGCUGGCGAGGAGCGACGGCCGAGAGGUGCAGCUGGAGGAGGACCCGGACCUGCAGCUGCCCUUCCUGCUGCCAGAGGACGGCUACUCCUGCGACGUGGUGCGGCACCUUCCCAACGGGCUGCAGGACUUCCUGGAGCCGCUGCUGCAGAGGGGUUUCUGCAGACUAACUCCUCAUCCUCGCUCUCCUGGUACCUGGACCGUCCACUUUGAAGGAGCCGACAACGACAACCACUUCUCUGCUGCUGACAACACUGAAAUGCCAAUGAGGAAAGAGCCGGAGGUUGUCACGGUGACCCUGAAGAAGACCAACGGCAUGGGCCUCAGCAUCGUGGCCGCCAAGGGUGCCGGACAGGAGAAACUCGGCAUUUACAUCAAGUCUGUGGUGAAAGGCGGAGCGGCCGACAAGGACGGCCGUCUGGCAGCAGGUGACCAGUUGCUUAGCGUUGAUGGACGCAGUCUGGUUGGUCUGUCGCAGGAGAGGGCUGCAGAGCUGAUGACGCGGACGGGCUCUGUGGUGACUCUGGAGGUGGCCAAGCAGGGAGCCAUCUACCACGGCCUGGCGACGCUCCUCAACCAGCCCAGCCCCCUGAUGCAGAGAGCGUCGGACCGCGGCCGCGAUAAGAAUGGGAAGAUGCGUCCGAAGAGCGAGGGCUUCGAACUCUACAACAACGCCGUGCAGAACGGCGAUCCGGAGAGUCCGCAGCCCGGUUGGGACUCGUACGCAGAACCAAAGAAGAUGAGCGGAGAGGACCGGCUUCUGAAGAACAGGGCCGACCACCGAUCCAGUCCCAACGUAGCCAAUCAGGGCCAGAGUCCUGCGACCAAGUCGGUUUAUCCUGGAGGACCGGGAACCAAGAUCACCUCCGUUUCCACCGGGAACCUGUGUGCAGAUGAUGAGCCGUCCCCGCCCCGGCCGGAGGCCUACCCCAUCCCCACCCAGACCUACCCCAGAGAGUACUUCACCAUCCCGGCCUCCAAGAGCCAGGACCGGGUGGUGGGUCCGGGGCAGGGACCCCCGCAGCACUGGCAGGGCAUGGAGGACAGAGAGCGCCUCCCUGUGGUCGACAACAUCCACAGCAACAGCAUGCAGAGGAUUAAUCACUCCCAGGAAGAUCUAUACCCUCCGGUGGGAAUGAUGAGGCCGGAUGAGCGGAUGCAGCCGCUCUACCCGCAGGACUACCAGCACCGGGAUCUGGACUACCAGCACCGAGGUCUGCCAGGAGGUGUGGGAGCCCCGCUGGACCACUGGACGCCGCAGCCGCAGGUUUCCUCUUCGCUGGAGUCCUCGACGUCCAGCCAGGAGCAGCUCAACUUCUCUGCUUCCUCCACGUCCUCAAACAAGGGCCAGAACCAGAAGACCGGGCCGGGCCGGUGGAAGACGCCCAACACGCCCCACAUCGUGCCGCCGCACUCGGUCCAGCCGCCGUCCCGCUCCGACCUGCCGCCGCCUCCUCCGCCGCCGCCUGCCGUCUACCCCGACCCCUACGACCCGCAGCCGGAGCUGCCGCCGCCGCCGCCCACCACCAUCAGCCCGGUGUCGGCCCAGCAGGCCGCCGACCGCAAGAAACGGGAGGAGCAGCAGCGCUGGUAUGAGAAGGAGAAAGCCCGGCUGGAGGAGGAAAGAGAGAGGAAGAGGAGGGAGCAGGAGAGGAAGCUGGGUCAGAUCCGGGCCAACCCGGUCAUGCCCGUCCAGCCCCAUAACAACGGUGGAGCCAUGCCGCCUCCUCACCACCAGCCGCCCAUGGCCUCCAUGGCGCCGCCCCAGCCUUACCACGCCCCCCAGCCGCAGCCGCUGCCUUCCAGACCGGAGAAGCUGUCCAGCCUGCCGCGGUCCGCCGUGCCGCCGCCCGCCGCCGCCAACUCUGCCGCCAUGGACACGGUGAUCAGGGAGCUGCUUCCUCAGCAGCAGCCGCGGACCAUCGAGCGGCGUGACCUGCAGUACAUCACCAUCAGCAAGGAGGAGCUGUCCACCAGCGACAGCCUGUCUCCGGAUCCCUGGAAGAGAGACGCCCGCGAGAAGGCCGAGAAGCAGCAGCAGCUCCACAUCGUGGAUCUGCUGGACAAAGAAAUCCAGGAGCUCCAGGCGAAACCGGAGCGAACGGCGGAAGAAAGCGACCGCCUCCGGAAGCUGAUGCUGGAGUGGCAGUUCCAGAAGCGGCUGCAGGAGUCCAAACAGAGCGACGAUGACGAGGAGGAGGAGGACGAUGAGGACAUGGACGCCAUGCUGAUCAUGCAGAGGCUGGAGGCCGAGAAGAGAGCCAGGCAGCAGACUGCUGUCCCAGCUAUCUCUGUUCUAGACUUGUUGCAGGACGAGGAGCGGCGGCGCAAGCAGCAGCUGGAGGAGAUUCGGAAGAGGGAGGCGGAGGAGCGGGUGAAGCAGGAGGAAGAGAGGAGAUGGAGGGAGGAGGAGAGAGUCAAGAGAGAGGCAGAGGAAAAGAGGAGACAGGAGGAGGAGUACUACGCCCGUCUGGAGGCCGAGCGGCGGCGGCAGCACGAGGAGGCAGAGAGAAAGCUGCUGACGCCCGAUGAGCCGGCCGGUCUGUAUCGGCCCCCGCUGCCUCGGGAUUACAACCCCCCCGCCCCCCACAACCCUACUAACACCCCCCCGCCCCCACCACAGAGAAACACCUCCUACCUCAAAACACAGGUCAUCUCGCCCGACACGCUCUACACAGCCAAAUUCGUCUCGUACGCGGGCGACGACGAAGACGAGGAGGAAGCCUACUCGGCAGGGAGCGGCGGCCAAUCAGGGUUUAACUCGCACACUGGAAACUCGACAGGAGUUGUAGGAUCAGGAGAGGUCUACAACGACCCGCGGGACAAAUGGACAAAGAGUCAGGAGCAGGAGAACUCGAUCCCCAGCGACGCGCCGGAGAGUUUGACCUUUAAGGAGCGCCAGCGCCUCUUCUCUCAGGGGAAAGAGGUUUCCAACAAGGUCAAAGCUUCCCGGAAACUGAUGGAACUGGAGAACGAGCUCAACACCAAGCAGUAGGCCUCCCAGCGCCGCCUUAAAUCCACCUUAAGGAGGUCCUGGGAAACGUCCAGAUGGAGCAAACACUGACAGCCUCCUACCGGUUCUGAUUUUUAUUUUUAUUUCGAGAUAACUGGACCGUUCACCUUUUAUUUUUACGACGUAGCGGUAUCGUUGGAACAUGGCAGACGGUUCUAGUUUCAGAUUCAUCCGAGUCUGUCAGCUAUAUAAUAAUGAAGCACUGUAAAAAAGUUUAAUUAUAUCUGAUUAGAGAAACACAACAGACGGGGGAUAUAUUUUUGUUUGUAAAAUGGUUCUUGGGGGAUUUAGAAAGAUUUAUUCUCGUUUAAAUUUUUUUUAAAUAGCUUCCUGAAAUAUGAACAAUUUUAUCAUAUUUUACGCUCUUUUGUUGUUGUUUUCACUUUCAGUUCCUUCUUGCCAGCAGAAAGAAGCGUAUUUUAUUAAUUUUAUCCGUUUUUUUUAUUUUAUUUUAAAGAUUAAAUUCUCAGA